AAAAAAAGAGAGAAUAUAAAAGGGGUCUUAUUCUUUUAUUUACGCUGCAUUCGCUCACAGAAUCUGAGAGAGAGAGAGAGAAAAGCCAGAGACGACGAAAGAGAGAGAGAGAGAGAUCGAAGAAGACGGCUUGGGAGGUUUCUUCGUCUUCUCUUCCAUGGAGUAUCGAUUAUUUGGCAGUCUCUCUUCUCUGUAUUUAAAUUAAAUCAAAAAUCAAAAUACGAUUAUCUACGAACCGAUUAAACAUCACUUUCUCCUCCUCUUCUCUUCAAAACUGCGAUCAGAUGAUUAUGUAAAAUCUCUGAGUUUGGUCUGUGGCGGAUAUGAUAUAUGAGAGAGAUUUCAUGAAACAUACAAUGCUUGAACACGACGCCGUUUUCAAGAAUCAGGUGCAUGAACUUCACCGUUUGUAUAGAGUACAGAGGAACUUGGUGGAUGAAGUAAAGGGAAAGAAUUCGAAUGAAGAAGGAAGCAGCUCUCAAGCUUGCAACGGUCGUUUGCCAAAUAAGAGAAGAAUGAUUGAUCUUGAGCUCCCAGCCAAUGAGUUUCUUGAUAUGGAUGAGACUGGUGAUACCGAUGAGAUUACAACUUGUCUUCCAUACAAACGGCUAAGAUCGGCAAGAGAGGAUGGUUCUCAUCAGAGCAACUAUUCUUCAGGGUCGUGCUUGGAUGUGAAGAACUCAAAUGGCUUAGCUGACUUGAAUGAGCCACUCAAUUGGCAAGAUUCGGAACCUGUUGCUGCUCUCUCCAGGUCCAGGGACAUGUAUUCUCAUUAUGGAAGAAGCGAUGCAGAUGUUCAAAGGCAGUGGUUAGAGAAAAACACUAGUCAAAAUGGAUGGAUGGUUCUUGGCGCAGGGCACGACAGAAGCACUCAGGGAGAUCUGCAUCUACCUUCCCAUUCUGCUCAAGUACGUUCAAACAGCGCAGUUCAACCUCUGAGCUAUCUCACAACUGAUCAUAACAAUGCAAGAUUCUCCCGGGAAAGAGGGUAUCCUGAGCUGGAAGUACGUGCGACGAAUCCUCAAGCUUCUUAUGAUAGCUACGUGGCAUCUAAUGCUCCAAGAUUACACAAUGACUACCGCCAUGACUUUGUCGGACCCUGGAGCCAAUGGUCUUCACCGUGGGAGAACCCUAGGAGCAGCUCACAUCAGAGAUCUUACCCAGUUCAAACGAAUCCCUACAAGAAAUUUGUUUCGCAUGCAAGGACAGAUUCAAGUUUUGAAAUGAGAAACCCUGUCCCUAACGGGAUUCAUCAUGGAUUCUCUUCAGGGUCGAAGGAGGCUACCUUUAGUUUCCCAUCAGGCGGCUUUAGACCAAAUGCUUCUUUAGGUGAGGUGGUGAAGCACCAGAGUUCUGAAAGCCUUCAAGGGCCAAAAAAGCAGGAAUCCUCAGCUGGGUUUCCUUGGCUAAAACCUAAGCCUUCUUACAAAAGUGAAAUAUCCAAUGGCUUCUUUGAUUUGAAUGUGUCGACUGAUCAAUUCGAGGGAACUGAUGCAGGAGACGGUCUGAAUGGUGUUUCUCCUCAGAAGGGAUUGGUAUCAUCUGCUUCAUACUCUAAUAAUGCCAACAUGGGAAGAUUUAAAAUGGUAUACCCACAGAGUAAUGUUCAACUUAUUGGGUGUCCACAGAAGGAGCAUGCUCCACUUAUCUCUCACUCCGCUGAUCAACAUAAGGAAGUAAAUCACUUGGUGAAGCGAGACUUCGAUAUCAACCUGCCAUGUGAUGCCUCGGUUUCUGCUGACCAGUAUGGUUCUAAAGCCUUUUGUGCCGAAAAGGAAGAAGGAAACAAAGCAGUCAACAAUAGACACUACAUUGAUCUGAAUUCAUGUGCUAGUGAAGACGAUGAAAAUUCCAGCAUGCAUCCCAGUCUGAGAGUGAAAACAAAAGGAAAUAGUUGGAUAGAUUUGGAAGCACCUCCCGCUCUCGAGAGUGAAGAAGAAGGAGGGGGCUCGCAGGAGAAAUCAGAAGAAGAAACUUGGGGAUUUAUGAAAGGCCAAGACGCUAACUCUUUGGAUGAACUCAUCAAGGAAGCAGCACAAGCAAUAGUCGCCAUCUCAUUAUCUGAUCACCAACGUCAUCCUGAUGACGCAGCUUCCUCUUCAGCUGAUACGGCUUCAAAAAGUCCGCUCUCCUGGUUUGCAGACUUUAUCACUUCUUGGGGUGAUGAGUUAGAAAGAAAGGUUGAUGGGUCUCCAGAAGCUACAGACUUUGAGGGUUACCGGGAAGAAUACACUUCCGGAGAGAUUGAUUACUUUGAAGCCAUGACCCUGAACUUACGUCCGACUAAGGAAGAAGACUACAUGCCAGAGCCCUUAGUCCCGAAGAAUCUGAUACUCGAAGGGACGGGUGUAAACAGGCUAAGAAGAGGACAAGCAAGACGAGGAAGACCAAAGAGAGAUUUCCAGAGAGAUACACUCCCUGGACUCUCUUCUCUAUCGAGGCAAGAAGUCACUGAAGAUAUGCAAUUGUUUGGUGGGCUUAUGAAAACCAAAGAGCACACUUGGAGUUCUGGAGUGGCUUCUCGACGGAACUCAAAAAGAAAACGAACGGUCACUAACAUAAGCCAAACUCAAGUUUGCCCGUCAACGGCACAGCAUGAGAACGUAUCAGUGGCUGGACUUGAAGAGAGUAAGCUAACAGGAUGGGGAAAAGCAACAAGAAGACCGAGAAGACAAAGGUGCCCUCCUGCAGGUAAUCCCGCAACUGUGAUCUAUACAUGAUAAAUUUAAUCGGAACUUGCCAAACCUUUUGAAACUUUAUUAUAGAGGGUACAAUUAUUAUACAAUAGAUUGAUCUCACCUUUGUUGGGGGUGUUGUAUAUCUUGUCUUCUGUAACAUGGGUUAAAACAUUAUAUGCUAUUUAUUUAAAGCCUGGUUGGGUAUAAAAACA